UUCAUAACACGACCACAAGGAUUACAACUAUUAUAAAAUAUAUUUUUGCUUUAUUUUUUAUUUUAAUGGUUUUAACUUCCUGGACACAAUGAUGAUGUUAGUUUGCGUUGCAGCCAACCAAACACUCUUCCCCAAAGAGGAUCUCUGGUGGUUGCCUUCAUGACACGCCUUUUGUUGUCCUCGCCUAGCUUGGAGCCUUUUUGAUGCUACCCUAGCGAGCAUCCCUUCGUCAACUGCAAGACAGCUGUCAAGUACAAAAGUCAGCCUCGGGUCGAGAAUUAACGCUCCUCUCUUUGCCAGGAUGAGUGGCGAUGGUGAUGGUUUCAACCCUGCUGCAGUGGCUCAGCCAGUAGAAGAUGUGCAAGGAGAUGGGCGGUGGAUGUCACAGCACACCCGAUUUGUGCAGGAGUGCAAGGAUGGAGAACCAGAUGUGCUUUUUGUAGGAGACUCUAUGGUACAGCUAAUGCAGCAGUAUGAGGUCUGGAGGGAGUUGUUCUCACCACUUCAUGCCCUCAACUUUGGCAUCGGAGGCGACACCACCUGCAACGUGUUAUGGCGGCUGCAGAAUGGAGAGCUGGAGAAUAUCCGUCCCAAGAUUGUGGUGGUGUGGGUAGGAACUAACAAUCACGAACACACGGCAGAGCAGGUUGCCGGGGGAAUUCUUUCCAUCGCAAAGCUGCUGACUUCCCGGCUACCAAAAGCAAAAGUAGUUGUGCUGGGUUUAUUACCGAGGGGGGAGCGUCCGAACCCGCUGCGGGAGAAGAACGCGGCGGUCAAUGACUUUCUACGCUCCUGGCUGCCCCGCCUGGCUCAGACGCAAUUCCUGGACGUGAGCGCCGAGUUGGUCCACUCCGACGGCACCAUCGCGCCUCAGGACAUGUUCGACUUCCUCCACCUGACGUCGACGGGUUACCGCGCUGUAGCGAAGCCCCUCAGCGACCUGCUGCUCCAGAUACUGGAAGAGACGCCGGAAGAGCGGAGGGCGUCGCUGGUUUGAGGAACGGCACCCUGACAAGGGCGCGGCUCGGAGUGGCAAGAGGGAGAGAGACAUCACUACUCUUCAAGUGACUUUUACUGCCUUCUGCAAGCGCACUGUCAGAUCAAAUGAAGUAUGGUAAUUCGUCUAGAUUUCCGAGCACCGUUGCAUACUGAUAUGAACAGCCUCGUUUCUUCCUCGCUAUAGUAAAAUGUCGGCUUGUACAUUGUUUAAAAUCUACGCUCAAGGAAAAAAACACAAAAGUCCUUCCAUCACUUUAUUUUAAAGGUUCAUAAGCAGUAUCACAAAAUAAUUUGCCAAACAGCGUAGCAUUAAAGCACAAAUGAAUUUAGAUGAUCACCUAAAUGUGAAAGAGAUGAAUCCAGUUCAACUCUCACAGUGUGCAAGUUUACACUCUAUUGAAGAAAUCGUGACUCGUCGAAUUGAUCAUGCAAAGUGAUAUAUAUGCUAACAUGGACAAACAAUGACACUCUCCCUCUGUUUCACCAUCUUUGAUGGAAACUCAGUAUUUUCUUUCUUAUGCACCUUUCUGUGACUUUUUUUUUUUGUUCUUUGUAAUUAUAUCCAACUGUUUUUGACCUCUCACACAACCUUUCUUCUUUUGGCUUCUCGACUUCAUUACUUCUAGGAAUAUACAGUUGCAGAAGCUCCUGAAUAUUAUCACGCUACCGAGCAAAAAAAAUAAAGAUGGUCGACAAGCUUACGCUACAAGCUUCUUUACAGCUCUGAUACUGAGGUUCAAAUUAUCCCAAGUUACUACUGUCUCAAGCUCUGCUCAAUGCGUGUCGUGUAUGAUUGUGUUGCGUGCGCCUCCGACAUCUAUGGUAUGGAAGUUGGAGUGUUAAAAACUGACCCUGACUGUAUAUAAGAGACAGUAAAAAAUGUCCGGAUUGUGGGCGCGUGUCGGUGUGAUGCAUCAUGUACACUUGUUUGGCUUGUUGUCUCGUUACUUGACUUAAAAGUAAAGCAUUCCAAUAAAGAAAAAAACAUGGAUGUCAUUCGUUUG